CUAUAGAUCGCCAUUGGGUGUUAGACGCAACGAAGGCAACAUGAAGCUCGCUCUGCUCGCCAUCCUGGUAGUGGCCUUGGGCCUGGCCCACGCCACCGACUACUGUUCGUGGGACAUCUGCAAUGGUGGCUCCCACAUCGCCUGCGGGCACAACAACUGGUGGGACAGCAGCUGUCCCGGCGAUGCCCAGCUGAUCGACAUCAACGAUGACUACAAGUGGGUGUUUGUCCACUCGCACAACGACAAGAGGAACUACAUUGCCGGUGGCUACGAUCCCAAUCACAAUGCCGCCUGCCGCAUGGCCACCAUGGAAUGGGAUGAUGAGCUCGCCUACCUGGCCUCCCUGAAUGUCCGCCAGUGCAACAUGGUGCACGAUAGCUGCCACAACACCGACGCCUUCAAGUACUCCGGCCAGAACCUCGCCUGGCAGGCCUACUCCGGCGACCUGCCCGACAUGGGCUACAUCCUGGACAACAGCGUGCAGAUGUGGUUCGACGAGGUGCACAACUCCAACUCCGGCAUCAUUUCCGGCGGCUACCCAUCCGGAUACAACGGACCUGCCAUUGGCCACUUCACCGUGAUGAUGUCGGAGAGGAACACCCGCGUGGGCUGCGCGGCUGCCCGGUACAAUCGCGAUGGAUGGAACCAGGUGCUGGUGGCAUGCAACUAUGCCACCACCAACAUGAUCGGCCGCCAGAUCUACUCCAGCUGCGACUGGGGAGCGCAGGGAUGCGGAUCGGGCACCAAUGGCGAGUUUGGUAACCUCUGCUCGCCCUCCGAGUGGUACGAUGUCAACAGCUGGUAAAUCUGGCGAGCUCAAAACUAUUUAAAGCUAUUUCGAAAGAUUAUAUUGAGAGUAUGUUUUUAGCUCGAUUUUUU